AUGAAGUUUCAACAAAUCUGUCUAGCGCUCGUGAGCUUUCAGUUGGCAAUUGGUCGUAAUUUUUACGAUCAAAAUGCGGAUAUCAUCGAGCUUACACCUAAGACAUUCGACAAAGUGGUACACAGGACUAAUUACACCACACUGGUGGAGUUCUAUGCCCCAUGGUGCGGCUACUGUCAACAACUGACUGGAAUUAUGAAGAAGGCUGCAAAGAACUUAGACGGGAUAGUACAGGUCGCCAGCGUCAAUUGCGAUGAGGCCAAGAAUAAACAACUUUGCGCCCAGCACCGUGUGGAGGGGUUCCCAACGCUAAUGGUGUUUCGUCCACCUAAAUUCGACCUUAACAAAGAUGCUGCAGAUAGACCGUUACUGGGUAACCAUGCCAGCGAGGUUUACAAGGGCGAAAGAAAGCUCAAACCUCUUGUAGAUUUCUGCGUCUCUCGUGUCAAAAAUUAUGUGACCAGGAUCCAAAGGGUAGAAAAACUGGUAGAUCUGCUAAGCAAAAACGAGAAUUCGCGUCUUAAGGCUAUCCUGUUCUCCAAGAAAGACAAAAUUUCUCCAUUGUACAAGAGUUUAGCGCUGGACUGGCUGGGCAUCAUCGAUUACCACAUCUUCCUCAACUCGAAACUGCAUGCGUCAGAAGACCAAUUGAGUGGUUUAUCGGGCGAAUUUCGAGAAUUUCUACUGGAAUUGCAAAAAACGCAAGCUGACUCUGAGACUAGCAAACUAGUAUUAUUUGACACUGCGACCAAAGACUACCAUCUUUAUGAUGGCACAUCUUUUGAUAAACGGAAUAUCGGGGGCUUUCUAUCCCUGUGGGCCCAACCACGCGAAGGUCCAUUCACCAAACGGCAAGAAUAUCUGGAUGCCCUCAAAACCAAUACAAAAAGCACAAACAAGAAAAACAACAAGAAAAAGGGAACUCAAGAUAGAAAAUUAGCACGCGAUGAGCUAUGA